AAUACAUUUUCCCUGCAUCGAAAAAAAAAAAAAAAUCAUCCAAGUCCAAAACAUUAUCAUGAAAACAAUCAUUUAUUGGUCAAAAGUAGUUGCAUUAAUUUAAAAUGCACAUUAUUAUAACAAUAAAAUAAAAACACUGGAGAGUUUUCCGAUUUAUUGAUAAAUUCAUUAAGCUUUUCACAUGGAUAAAGCAAACAAACUAAAUGCAAAACUUAUCUAAAAUCAAUUAUUUGAUUACCAUCCAUCCAUUUUCUUUGCCGCUUCAGUACUAUUUAAUGAUGAUUUAAAAAAAAAUCUAUAUAUAAAGCAAACUAAAGUUAAAUGCAUCUAAAAUAAUACAGUUAUACCCUAAUAAUAGAAUCAAAUGCUUUAUAAAACAGCAAAGAUUUUUUCAAAUAAAUUUGCAGAAAAAAAUUUGGUUUAUGGUUCAAUCCCCUUCGCUACAACACAAUAAAGUAAAGUCCAGAAAAGAAUUUCAGACAGUUGAAAAGUCAGAUUCAGAAUGAUAUAAUAUUUAACAACCUUGCAUCUCUUAAAACUUUGGUGACACAUUAACCGUUUGUACUUUUGGUUAUACAGUAAAAGGCGCAGACUCGCCUCGGUUAAAAUCCGAGCCAAGGGGCCAGUUUGGACCCAAUCAAGUUCAGGGCUCCGCUAUAAAACCCCAAAUGCUCCGCGUUAAUAAAGCACACAUUGGCCGCUGAUGGACGUUUAACUUUAACCAGCAACCCGCCUGCGACUGCACACGGCCCAAGAGGAGCUGCAAGCAUGCAGGAGAUGAGCGCCCAGGUUCGGACCGCGAAGCCCAACCAGAUGGCGGCCCUGAUCCAAAGGGCGCAUUGCAUCAAGCGCAUGCUCAAGCAGGGAGUGACAAAGCCCUACAAGGAUCUGAUCGACGUCUCCUGGGGCGACCCGCACAAUGCCGGAAUCAAACCUCUCACCUUUGUCAGACAGGUGCUGGCCGCAUGUUUCUACCCGCAACUCCUGGACGGCGGCGACCUGCCCGCGGACGUGAAACGACGAGCGCAGAAGCUGCUCAGCUGCUGCGAUGGCGGCAGCGUAGGAUCGUACACGAGCACAGCCGGCAUACCGGAAAUAGUGGAGAGCAUCGCGCAGUUCAUUAGCCGACGAGACGGCGUCCCGGCCGACCCCGAAUACAUCUGGAUCCAUCCCGGCUCGCAGACCUCGAUCACGAAAAUCUUGACGCUGCUGGUGAACAGCGGGGCGUCCCCCAAGAGCGGCGUGCUGGUGCCGGUGCCGGGCUACGGCAACAGCGCCUUGUCCGUGGAAGCCUUGGGGGGCGCGGUGGUCCCCUACUUCCUGGACGAGGAGCGGGGGUGGGAGCUGCGGGCGGACGAGCUGCGUCGGGCCCUGGCGUCCGCCCGGGGCGCGUGCAGGCCCGUGGCCUUGUACGUCAUCAACCCGGGGAACCCGACAGGCCACGUCCAGAGCAGAAAGGCCAUGGAGGAGGUCAUCAGGUUCGUCGCAGAGAACGGGCUCUUCCUUCUCGCCGAUGAGGUGUACCAGAGCAGCGUUUACGACGCCAACAGCGGGUUUGUGUCUUACAAGAAGGUUCUGUGUGAGAUGGGGCCCCCGCUGGCCGACACGCUGGAGCUGGCCUCCUUCCACUCGGCAUCCAAAGGCCUCCUGGGAGAGUGCGGUCUUCGAGGAGGCUACGUGGAGCUGGUCAACGUGGACCCCGCCGUCAUGCCGUACGUCCGGCGGAUGUUCCAUUUGGUCAGCAAUCCCCCCGUCGCCGGGCAGAUUGCUUUGGAGCUGAUGGCCGAGCCCCCCCAGCCGGGGGACGCGUCGUACCCGCUUUACGAGCACGAGACGGAACACGUGAGCAGCACCCUGGUUAACAACGUGAAGCGAGUGCUACAGGUUCUCAAGGGACUGCCGGGGAUCAGCUGCCAGCCGGUGCAGGGAGGAGCCUUUGCCUUCCCCAGACUGCAUCUGACCCCCAAAGCCGUUCGCAAAGCCGAGGAAGAGGGAACGCAACCAGACAUGUUCUACUGCGCCAGACUGCUGGAGGACGCCGGCGUGUUUGCCACUCCGGGCUGCGAGUACGGACAAAAGGAAGGCACCUAUCACAUCAGGUUUUGCAUCAUGACACCCGCUGACAUCAUGGAGGAACUUCUGAGACGACUCAGCACUUUUCACGUGCAGUUCAUGAAGGACUUCUCGUAAAUCUCAUCGCAAAUGUUUUACACCACUAAUGUGGUUAC